GCAUUCAUUUAUUUUGAUUCAGGUGAAGACACAGGAUAUACGGGAAAGCCUUUGCCAACUUACAAACCGGUAUCGCAAUUGGUACCCCUUGGUGGUGUUGCAAGACUUUUCUGCGAGGCUUACCUAGGAAGGGUGGAUCUUCCGGAUGCAAGAAAUUCAGUCACGUGGUCCAAGGUCGAUAGCAAUCUCACUCUUCCUAACCACGGUAGAAUUUCUCAGCACAGAGUAUCGCGGGAGGAUGACCAGAUCGUUGGCUCAUAUUUGGAAAUUGAAGAUAUCACUCUGAUAGACUAUGGAGAAUAUGAAUGUGAAGUAAGCAAUGGCGUAGAUGAAGAAAUUGCAUUACCAGCUCAUGUAUAUCGUCAAGAAAUUCAAGUGGAUCUGGGACUUCAGAAUGGUUCUUGGAGGAGAGCUUUGCUUCUGGCUGUUCUAGUAUUGCUAUUUCUAGUUUCUGCCGUUGCAUUUUAUGCUCGAUGCUGGCUUAUGAUAGUGGUACUUUGCCGUGACAAAUUCGCACCUCUUGAGGAAAACGGUAAUUAUUAGCACUUCUUACGUCAUGUAUUUAAUUAACAAUUUUU